GCUGUUGAGAAAAAGCUGAUGUGUUAGUUAAUUUUUUGUUCUGCCAUAUAGGAUACACGUCAAUCCCAAAUUAAACUCUAAAAUUAAUACAAAAUAGGGUGUUAUUAUUGUAAUCCCUAAAAUUAAAAUUAUAGUUGAAUGAAAAUAAAAAAUCUUUCUCUUUUCUUUAUCGUUGUACCGCAGAAAAUAAAAAAGGAAAAAAAGAAAAACUGAAAAGCUCAAAGCAUAUAUGGUGAAAUUGCACGCACAGUGGUGAUAUUGUAAAAAUCAAAGCCAUUUUUUGUUGUUGUGGUUCCGACUUCGAUUCCAUUUAUGAAAGCUACAACUAUUGAUAAUUUGAUCUUUGGUGGCUGAAAGCAAAGGUUUUGCGGUUGCAGACAGGUUUACCCAGGUGCUUUCUUUCGCUGCAACAGUGGUGAAAAACCAAAAUCAUCAUCACAUUUGCCUAUGAUUUUAAUUUUCUGAUUUUUUUUUUUUGUUUCAAAGCUUUCUCUCAUCAGUCCAAGAGAUCAGUUUAUUUUUUUGAAUGGGAAGAAGAUCAUAUUUUAGAUUAAUUGAUUUGGAUGGGAGGAAUGGAGAUUUUAGAUAUGCGAGAGUGAUAAAUAUUUAGAUGAGAAUAAUAAAGACCUUUUGAGGGUUAGACGAAGAAGAUACAGUUAUAAUACUUUAAUUUUGAGAAUUGAUUUCUAAAGCAAAACUCUAGAGGACUAUAGUUGUUCUCACGUGUCACUUAUAUGGCAAUCUAUUAUGACAUAAGUAGUAGUUGACCAAGUUUUACUUGACACAUCAGCUUUUUGAAUUGCAAAAUUUAAAAAGUUAAAAAUUAGAUUAAAAUGCUAAAAAAUUUAGACCAUCUAAAAAUGAUAGCAAGUCUUAAAUAGUCUACUAAAGAGCCUCCACCGAGACUAUCCCAAGUGCAUCCAUUUUCUUCUUCAUAUUAAGUCAUAAUUCUUUAUUUCCUUUUCUUGUUUUCCCUUCUCAGCCAAAUAUGUGGCCUACAAUUACAAUGGCUAUUGAAGUUGAUGUGUAUUUUGAUAGUUGUAACUGAUUUGGUUAGUUACUUAUUUUUAAGAGAAUGCUAUCAGUACAUUGGCUUUAAAGUAAAUAUGAGACAAAUACGUAAUAGAUAGAUUAGGAAGUUUAGCUAGAUAAGAUUCUUAGAUUUGUUGUUAAUCUGUUUUUCGUAUUUCUGUUUAUAUGUACUGUAUAAAAGACUAGUUGAAGGAUCAAUGAAAUACAAGUUCUGGAACAUAAACUUUACAUGGUAUCAGAGCCAUUAGAACUCUGAUUGGCUUCUAAAACUAAAUAUGAGUGAGGGCAAGAAAGUGUCACCAUAUACCUUGUCUUCAAAUGACAAUCCAGGAAACAUCAUAACCCAAGUGUAGCUGCGAGGGGAUAAGAAUGAGCUCGAUCAAUCAGAACUGCAUUGCGAGUUAAGAAAAAAUUUGGUUUCAUUGAUGGAACUCUCACUAAACUAGACGAAGAUGAUGAUGAAUUGGAAGCUUGGUGGACAGUGAACUCCAUGCUUGUGUCAUGGAUCUUGAAUAUGAUCGAGCCAACAGUGAGAUCUACCAUGACACACAUGGAGAUAGCCAAAGAUCUCUGGGAAGAUAUUAAAGAUUGUUUUUCGGUAAGUGAUGGUGCACGAGUACAACAGUUAAAAGCAGAGCCUGCUAAUUGUAGACAACAAGGUAGUUCACUUCUGAAUUAUUAUGCUAGACUAAAACAGGUGUGGGAAGAAUUGGUAAAUUACAAUGUGAUUUCAAUAUGUUAGUAUGGGGGCUGUAAAUGUGAUAUUGCAGCUAAAUUGAUUAAGAAACGCGAGGAAGAAAAAUUUCAUCAGUUUCUGAUGGGUUUGGAUGAUGAGCACUACUCCAUUACCUAGUGUGAACAAGGCAUAUUAGCUGGUCUGUCAAGAAGAAAGAGUUAGAAUACACAUAAGCUUCAAUAGGUGAGACUUAUUUGGUGGUACUGGUGUAUGUUAAUGAUCUCAUUAUUGGUGGGAAUAAUUCAUAUAUGAUUGUAAAAUUUAAAUCGUAUUUAAGUAAGUGCUUCCAUAUGAAGGAUUUGGGUGUUUUGAAAUAUUUUAUGGGCAUUGAAGUGGCACGGACUGCAGAAGGAAUCUUUCUCUGCCAGCGAAAAUAUGUAUUGGAUAUCGUUAAUGAGACUGGAAUUUUAGGUGCCAAGCCAUCGAGAUUUCCUAUGGAGCAGAACCAUCAUCUUGCUUUGGCUAAGGGUGAUUUGCUGGAUGAUCCAACAAAAUAUCGGUGAUUGAUAGGGCGAUUGAUUUACCUGAGUCUUACUCGUCUUGAGUUAACUUACAAUGUUCAUAUUUUGGCUCAAUUUAUGCAACAACCCAGAAAGGAAUAUUGGGAAGCUGCAUUACGUGUAGUUCGAUAUUUAAAGGAAAGUCCUGGGCAAGGUAUUCUUCUUAAAGCUAACUGUAAUCUAGAGCUCCAAGCAUACUGCGACUCAGAUUGGGGUGGAUGUUCCCUGACUCGGCAGUCUCUUAUCGGAUACUUCAUCUUUCUUGGAGGUUCUCCUAUUUCUUAGAAGACUAAGAAAAAACAUACGGUUCUCGAUCUUCGGCUGAAGCAGAGUAUCGCUCCAUGGCUGCAACUGUUUGUGAAGUCAAAUGGUUGAAAGGCUUGUUGCUGAAUUUGGGCGUGUCGCAUUGUGGACCUAUGCCUUUGUUUUGUGACAGUCAAGCAGCGAUGCAUAUUGCUGCUAACCCUGUUUUCCAUGAGCGAACAAAACACAUCAAAGUUGACUGUCAUUUUAUGCGAGAUGAAAUAAAGAAUGGCGUAGUUGCUACAUCUUAUGUUUACAAUGAUGCUUAGUUAGCUGACAUAUUCACCAAAGCCUUAGGACGUGCACGGUUCGAAUUUUUUCUUCACAAAUUGGGCAUUCGUAAUCCUCAUACUCCAACUUGAGGUAGGAUAUUGAAGCUGAUGUGUAUUCUGAUAGUUGUAACUGAUUUGGCUAGUUUGGUUGAUUAGUUGUUACUUAUCUUUAGGAGAAUGCUAGCAGGACAUUAAUUUUAAAGUAAAUAUGAAACAAAUACGUAACAGAUAGAUUAGGAAGUUUAGCUAGAUAAAAUUUUUAGAUUUGUUGUUAAUCUGUUUUUCGUAUUUCUGUUUACAAGUACUGUAUAAAAGACCAGCUGAAUGAUCAAUGAAACACAAGUUCUGGAACACAAACUUUACAGUUGCAACAAUUAAAUCUAACAAGAAAACUCUUUGAAUCGAAAGUGAACUUAAAUAAUCUCCCUCCAUAAUAUCCUUGAUUCAAAACCCACAAAGCUAUUAAGCUUACUAUAGCAAUUGAAAUCCAACUUUUUAUUUUCUCUUUUGUUUUCCAUUACUAAAAAGCUUUCCAUCCAACAAAAGGAAAAUGAUAGUUUUCUUCUUUUAAAUAGAGAAAGCAAAGAAGAUGGCUUUUUUUUUUUUCUUUUAAUGUAAACUUGAUGUUUUUUCUUUAAUCUUUAUAUAAGUUUUUUCUUUCUGCCUCAAAAAUGGGGGCUGAAAUAAGCUGAAAGUGGUAACUAUUGACUCAAAGAAGUAAAUUGAACUUUAUCAAUAGAUUCAGGCGUCAAACUUGAUCCUUAUUAUUGGUGUUGUACUAUUUAAAAUUUUAAAUUAAUACUUUUUGAAACAAUAGUAAUGCAUCCAUCCCCAUGUGAGUUGUCUUAUGUUGUGAAUUUGCUAAAAUUAAAAGUAUUUAUCCAUAACCGCUGACCAAGGCGUUCCUCAAGGAUCUGUCUCACUUUUCUAUGAUAUAUAUAUUAUAUAUUAUAUAUUAUACACACAACCCCACCCACUUUUAACUCUUUCUUAUAACCAAAACAAAAAAAAACAAAAGAUCUGCAACUCGAGUAAUCAGUACGUACUUACUUGUAUAUAUAAAUAGCUGAAAGUACUUAAAAUCAAGAGAUCAAUGCAUCCGCACAGCAGAAGCGAACCGAAUACGAAAGAGUGCCAAGAUGUCAAAUUCCAUACUACUAAUCUUAUUGUGCAUUUUGGCUUACAUUGUUAGAUCCAAACCCCUCCCACCAUCUAUUCACUUCAGUACACCACUACAAGACGGUGCUUCUGCUAUGAUGUUUCAGACCCCUCCUAUGGGUUGGAACAGCUGGAAUCACUUUCACUGUGAAAUAAAUGAGACUGUGGUUAGAGAAACUGCUGAUGCACUCGUGUUAAGCGGGCUGGCCAGGCGGGGAUACAAGUAUGUUAAUAUAGAUGAUUGCUGGGGUGCAUAUGAUCGUGAUUUUAAGGGAAAUCUGGUGGCCAACCGGUCUACAUUUCCAUCCGGGAUUAAAGCUCUUGCAGAUUAUGUUCACAGCAAGGGCCUUAAGAUGGGAAUCUAUGCCGACUCUGGGUAUCGAACAUGCAGUGGGAGAAUGCCAGGCUCACUUGGAUUGGAGGAGAAAGAUGCAAAGACGUUUGCUUCCUGGGGAAUUGAUUACCUGAAAUAUGAUAACUGUUACAACGAUGAUACAAGACCAACAAUAAGAUACCUUGCCAUGUCUCGUGCCUUGAAGAAAACUAAGCGUCCAAUUUUUUUCUCUAUGUGUGAAUGGGGGGACAUGCGUCCAGCUUUAUGGGGAGCCAAACUUGCAAACAGUUGGAGAACUACUGAUGACAUUUCCGACUCAUGGGAAAGCAUGCUAAAGAUAGCUGACUUGAACGAAGUGUAUGCUAAUUAUGCCAAACCUGGAGCUUGGAAUGACCCGGACAUGCUGGAAGUAGGCAAUGGAGGGAUGAAAUACAGUGAAUAUGUGGUGCACUUUAGUAUAUGGGCCAUCUCCAAGGCACCCCUCCUUUUAGGAUGCGAUAUACGUCAUAUGAACUAUGAAACCAUGAAAAUCAUUGGUAAUGAGGAGGUAAUUGCGGUCAAUCAAGAUCAGUUGGGAGUUCAGGCAAGAAAAGUUAGAAUGGAAGGAGAAAGAGAGAUAUGGGCAGGACCGCUUUCAGGGAAUAGAAAAGUAGUACUAAUGGUGAACAGAAAGACAUGGGGUUCCCCAUUGACAGCCCACUGGGAUGACAUCGGGUUCAAUUCUAACAAUAUUGUGGUCCAAGCUAGAGAUCUUUGGGAGCAUCAUACCCUGGAGAAACCAUUCCAAGGAAACAUGACAGCUUACAUAAAUCCACAUUCCUGCAAGAUGUAUGUGUUGACGCCCAUCUCGUCAUCAUAAAUACACGUACCAGUGAUUGACAGUUCAAGAGAGUGAGAAGGGAAUAUGCAACUUUUUUUUUUCUUUUCUCAGGAAAACAUUACAUUUGAUUAGUUGAUGGUCAUUUGUUGUAACUCAUACUGUCAGUGUACGACUCUAUUGAUCAAUCCAAUUGGAUUUCGUAGUGAUA